GUAUACAGCAUAGUGAUGGAGAUGUUGUGGUUUGGAAUCUUGACAAGCUUAUUGCUUAUAAUUCUGUUAAUUUAUAUAAGUUAUCUGAGAUCGACAAAGGAACAGAAUAUAUGGAAAUUUGCAUCAAGAUAUCCACAAGACAAAGACAAGAAUAUAGAGAAGGAGCACUAUGAUGUGGCUAUUGUUGGGGCAGGUCCUGCUGGGGCCACCUGUGCUUACUUUCUGGGUAAGCUAGGAUGGAAAUGCCUUUUAUUGGAGAAGAAGAAGUUUCCACGUGACAAAUACUGUGGGGAUGCGGUGUGUAAAACUGCCAUAGAGAUCCUCAUGGAGAUGGGCCUGUAUGAGCAGCUCCUCAAGGACAAUAAAGCUCAUGUGGCAGACAGCGGAGGUCUGUGUAGUCCUGGAGGCCUGAGUUAUAUUGGACGGAGUAAGGAAGGGCUGGGAGACAUACCUGCUGCCAUUGCUUGUAAGCGGAUACAUCUAGACGAGGCUAUCGCAAAGGCAGCUAGAAGGAUAGGAGCAGACUUGAGAGAAGAAUGGCCUGUAGCUGAAGCCAAGUUUGACACAGAAGCUGGAUUGUGGACAAUUUGUAAAGAGGGCAGUACAUCAACAUUUAAAUCAAGGGUGUUAGUCUGUGCAGAUGGUGCUCCCUCCCGUCUAGGUACACAGCUUGGACUAAUCACGCGUCCCCCAGACAGUAACUGUUCUCGCGCCUAUGUUGAAGGAGGUACUCACAAGUUCAAAGCAGAUGGUGUGGUCUUCUACAACAAAGGCAUGCUUCCAGGUUAUUCAGCAUUAUUUCGUCAUCCUAAUGAUGUGCUCAAUUACUGUGUGUACAUCAUACCUGGCAACCCUAAAGUGACCCCUGAUGACCUUACAUAUUGGCAUGACAACCUAAUGAAGAACGACCCCAAUAUCAGCAGGGCCCUCGGUGAUAACUUUAAGAUUGAGAGAAUGAAAGCUGCGAGCCUGAGACUGGGUGGGGAGAAGGUGACAUAUGGUGACCAUGUUCUCAUUGUGGGUGAUGCUGCGGGUAUGAUUGACCCUAUGACAGGCGAAGGAAUUCACCAUGCAAUGGAGGGUGGUAAAAUGGCAGCCCAGUUUUUAGAUGAGGCUUUAAAUAAUGGCAGCUACGGCAAAGAUGUCAUGAAAAUUUUUCAUCAAAGGUGGAUGAACAAAUUUGGUUUCGACUUUCGAUGGUCGAUGGCGUUUUGUCAGUUAACCUACCGUUUUCCGAUACUGCUGGAUGCUGCAACUGCUGCUGUGAUCCGCAAGGGAGACAACUUCCUCUUAAAAUGGACAGACAUCAUGACAGGUCGAGUACCAAAGAUCCAUAUGUUGAAGCCUGAAUUUACACUGACUAUCACAUUUGAACUCAUUCGCCUUUGUGUCUUAAGAUUAUUUGGAAAAUCAGGCGGAAAUCAAAAGAAAUCAAACUAAAAUGUAUUCCAGAAGUGAAUUUCUGGUCUUUGUGACAAUUUAUAUAUAUCAGAGCCUAUGUAAUAUCAUGCUAACACAGACACUGUGAUAGUCUGGAUACAAGUUCAUGAUCAGGUUGAUCAAAAAUGUGUGUUUGUUUUAUAAUAUCCUGGACUGUCCGAGUGUACAGUUAGUUACCAGAAAUAUAUAUUUGUUUUUUAAUAUCCUGGACCGUAUAAAAGUCCGAGUGUACAGUUAGUUACUAGAAAUAUGUUUGUUUUGAAAUAUCCUGGACUGUGUAAUAGUCCGAGUGUACAGUUAGUUACUAGAAAUAUGUUUGUUUUGAAAUAUCCUGGACUGUCCAAGUGUACAGUUAGUUACCAGAAAUAUGUUGUUUUUUUUUAAUAUCCUGGACUGUGUAAUAGUCCGAGUGUACAGUUAGUUACUAGAAAUAUGUUUGUUUUGAAAUAUCCUGGACUGUCCAAGUGUACAGUUAGUUACCAGAAAUAUGUUGUUUUUUUUUAAUAUCCUGGACUGUGUAAUAGUCCGAGAGUACAGUUAGUUACUAGAAAUAUGUGUUUGUUUUAAAAUAUCCUGGACUGUCCGAGUGUACAGUUAGUUACCAGAAAUAUAUAUUUGUUUUAAAAUAUCCUGGACUGUAUAAAAGUCCGAGUGUACAGUUAGUUACCAGAAAUAUAUAUUUGUUUUUUAAUAUCCUGGACCGUAUAAAAGUCCGAGUGUACAGUUAGUUACUAGAAAUAUGUUUGUUUUGAAUUAUCCUGGACUGUCCAAGUGUACAGUUAGUUACCAGAAAUAUGUUUGUUUUGAAAUAUCCUGGACUGUGUAACAGUCUGAGUAUAUAGUAAAGCUAUCCAAUUUUAUUUUUUUGUUUUGGGUGUGUGAUAACACAGACUGUAUAAAUACUCAAUGAUCAAAUUGAUAUCUAUCAGCAUACAUGUACAUGUGUAUCAGAAUCAAGGAGGCAGCAACAUGCUCUUGUUAAACUGUAGUGAUCGAAUCAUGAGUGAAAGAAAAGUAAGAUAAAAUCAGCCUUAUUUUAACCAUAAAGUAUUGAUUUAAAAUUGGUUGGAACCCUAACAGUUACGGCAUGUGUUUGCAUUAGAAAAUGAAACAGCAUCCAGUGGCUAUUAUAUAUAUGAUAGUGACAAUCCAGUAGUACAUGUUUCAGUCUGUACAUACUGUAGGACGCUGGAUAACAUUUUCUAUAUUUAUUGCAUAAUCAGAAUACAAUCACUACAUUGUCCAUCAAAGGAAUUUAUUUAUAGAUUAUACCUAAAAAGUGCCAAGUUAGGAAAAUGGUUACUUUGUCGACCCUUUGGUAGGCGUUUGUUUUAAACACUCACAAAACAUUUAUACAAAGCAUUAUUCAUUGUGUGAAUUACAUGGCUGUGUGCUGUAGAAUUCUCAUCAACAAUUUUGUAAUGUACAUAUAAAGAAGAAAAACAUGAAGCUGUUUAAAAUGUCAUGAAUUUGUUGUAUCAUAAGAUGUAGAAUGUUAAAAAUGUCAUGGCAUUGUGUUAACAUUAUAUGCAGGAUGUUUAAAAUGUCACGGCAUUGUGUUAACAUUAUAUGCAGGAUGUUUAAAAUGUCACGGCAUUGUGUUAACAUUAUAUGCAGGAUGUUUAAAAUGUCACGGCAUUGUGUUAACAUUAUAUGCAGGAUGUUUAAAAUGUCAUGGCAUUGUGUUAACAUAAGAUGUAGGAUGUUUAAAAUGUCAUGGCAUUGUGUUAACAUAAGAUGUAGGAUGUUUAAAAUGUCACAGCAUUGUGUUAACAUAAGAUGUAGAAUGUUUAAAAUGUUAUGACAUUGUGUUGACAUAAGAUGUAGGAUGUUUAAAAUGUCACGGCAUUGUGUUAACAUAAGAUGUAGGAUGUUUAAAAUGUCAUGACAUUGUGUUGACAUAAGAUGUAGGAUGUUUAAAAUGUCAUGGCAUUGUGUUAACAUUAUAUGUAGGAUGUUUAAAAUGGCAUGGUGUUAAGAUUAGAUGUAGGAUGUUUAAAAAUCAUCUGUAAUAUUUACCUUCCUCAGGUUCAGUAUAGUCCCACAAUUCUGUAAUAUCUGACCUUCCUCAGGUUCGGUGUAGUCCCACAAUUCUGUAAUAUUUACCUUCCUCAGGUUCGGUGUAGUCCCACAAUUCUGUAAUAUUUACCUUCCUCAGGUUCAGUGUAGUCCCACAAUUCUGUAAUAUUUACCUUCCUCAGGUUCAGUGUAGUCCCACAAUUCUGUAAUAUUUACCUUCCUCAGGUUCAGUGUAGUCCCACAAUUCUGUAAUAUUUACCUUCCUCAGGUUCAGUGUAGUCCCACAAUUCUGUAAUAUUUACCUUCCUCAGGUUCAGUGUAGUCCCACAAUUCUGUAAUAUUUACCUUCCUCAGGUUCAGUGUAGUCCCACAAUUCUGUAAUAUUUACCUUCCUCAGAUUCAGUGUAGUCCGACAAUUCUGUAAUAUUCUACCUUCCUCAGGUUCAAUUGUGUAAUGUUUAGCAUAUUUUCCAAGCAACACCUCAUUAUUGUAUAUGUUGUAAUUAUAUAUUGUUAUCUAUAAAAAAUGAAAAGGUGAUACUGUCUCAAAAUUGUCUCCCCUUCAAUGCCUACUCCUCCAAGUUAAUACCUGGUUUAAUGAGUUCAAGUUCAGUAUUAUAGAUGAAGAAGGGAAGAUGUUGACUAGUACGAAAUACACAGUGAUUAUGAAAAGUCAGAAAAUAAAUUGUGAUUAAUAAGUAUGUGACUACAACAAUAUAAUGUGAUUAGUAAUUUUGAGGCUGGUGACCACUUUCAGGUAAUAAAAUUAAUUGUAGGGGAGAGGGGCAGUUGUUGACAUAUACAAUAAUUCUCUCAUUUCCUCACAAGUGUUUUAUGAUAUAGGUAAAAGUGUCCUGAUACAACUGGUCAUGGUUCUUGCAACAACAAUAUCAAAUGGCUUUAUUGGAAAUCAUUUCUUGAAAUCUUUGCUCAGAUGAUUACUAAAUCAUAAAAUGAUAUAAAUUUGAUUGUGUGUGUUGUCUAUUUCUGACUUCUUAUGACUUAGAAACUAUUCAUUAUAAAUACAUGUACAGGUAAAUUGCUUCCCUAAAUACAUGUGCAUAACAUUCCUUACCUGAUCAUUGGGGUUAAAUUAUAUAUUAGUAUGCUUGUCUGUAUUAUUUGUGUGUUUUUAUUUUUAUAUCUACAAUAUGUCACCAGACCAGGUGUUCACAGCACGGAACAAAAAGCUAUAAAUACAAACCGAUAUAUCAAUAUGACCUAUAUAAACGAAUAUACAGCUAUGAAAUGAUCAUAUUUACAGUUUUGUGUGAUAGAUGUUUAACAAUUUUCAUUACCCACUGGAUCUGAGCACCGUGUGAGGGACAGGGGCCUGGUGUAUCACAAGUUUUAUUAUUCCAUAUCAGUGAUUACUGUCACAAUUACACUACAACUGAACGGAAUGUGAUUUAUACAGAAAUAAAUGCAGUUUGUUCAGAUAA